AUGGAAAGAGGACAUCGACAGGGUCUAGGGGCACAGGAGGCCCAGGAGGCCCAGGAGGCCCAGGGAGCCUCGUCGCCUGUACCACGACUCGACCGUUUAACACAAGCUACGCGACAGCCUCAGCAAUCACGUCUUCACACCUUGUGUUCUCACCUAACUAUGACGCGUACUUUCGAUCCCGUUUUGACUUGUGCUCUGUGCGGUAAACCAGGCCAAUAGGGAUGGCUCUGGAGAUGCACCGAUGACCAAGAACUUCUCAUCGAAGACGCCAUAGAGAAGCAACAGUCGGUGUGUUUCGAUACCUCUGGGUUGGAAUUCGUUAAGAUGUUGAAGAAGGUUCGGCCUGGAAGUCCUCGAAGCAGAUCAGAGAGGUUUAGCGUACUCAAGGAGAUGACGAGCGAGCAGUUAAAGAGCUACACGCCUAGCCAGAUCCUCACCAUCAUCUCGCAAAGGGACCACGUCCGUAAUCUUGCGCAGGCAGCAUCAUCCACAAUCGACCCGCCACCAGGAUUCCAGUUUAGCGAAAGUACAGAACCCUGGGUUCCCAGUUUGGAUGAGGAAUGUCGUUUCGUAUGCUGUCAAAGUUGUCGUCCUUCAUGCGAACUGAGAUCCUAUCUGAGUCUGGAUGGUAUUGCGAACGGCGAUAUACCACCUACUGCAGCCGUUGGUUUCGGCUUCCAUUCUUGUUCAUUUAGGCCAAUUAUCCACCCAGACAGGCUGAAAAAUAUUGGCCUGAGGGCUGUACCUUUGCCAUUGGCUCAUGGUAGCUCGACAUCCUCGGUGGGUUCAUGGCGCAGUUCAUGGAACAAUUCAUGGGAAAAUUUGUCCCUUGCUGACGAUCAAGUGGACGAGACCGAGCACGUCGAACAUGUUGAGGAUGUUGAACACGUUGAACGUGUUGAGUCUGUCCAAUCCCAGUCCCCGGGAAUCGGCCUAACCACCAAACGUACAACCUCGGGCAAAUUUACAAAUCCCGGUACCAACGGUGCCAACGGUGUCAACAGUACCAACGGUGCCAAAUAUACCAACGGUAUCAACGAUAUCAGCAAUAUCAACGGUGUUAGCGGUGUCAACGGUGUUAGCGGUGUCAACGAUGUCAACGGUGCCAACGGUACCAACGGUAAUAUCCCGUCAGUCCGACCCGUUACUCGCUAUUCAUUUGAGGAGAAUGCUGAGUCUGCGGUAUCUGUUGGACAUUCGAUAUCGCUCCUUCCUCCCAUACAAGAAGACCAUGCGUCUCUCUGCAAGCGCCCCUCCCAAAAAAUGGGAGAGGAGGUGAAGAAAUCUUCAGGAGUUGACCAUGGAGUGACAGUCUCGAAGAAGGGUGUUAGCUUAGAACUGUCUGAUAUUAUCACUCAGCUAUAGUCGGAAGUAUGUCAGAGUUGGAACUAUGCUCGGUUGGUCCCCAGCCCCAUGCGCUGGCUUCGCCGGAAGAGCGUUUGCCUGGUACUACAGGAUAUGGACAGUGUUCUUGACUAGCCAUUAGGCUUUGCGUGCAAAACGCUUGGUUUCAAUAAUUCGACAGCAGGUUUAAUUCCUAGCGCCAGUUAGUAGUUUUUAAUUGAUAUGAUUUUCAUAAAUAUUAUUGUCUUAUUAUUAUUAUUUCUCUGGC